AUUGAAUGAGACAGAUGUUAAAUUGGAUUUCUAUAUUAUUUCUUGUCAUUGCAAUCGUUUUUCUUUGCUUUAUAGUCGAUAUCUUCGAAUAUUUAUGGAUUUUCUAUCAGAGAAGAAAAGCAGUGAAAGAAAUGGCCGAAUUCGAAACAAUGAUGGAAAAGAUUGCAGGCGGUAGUUUUGUUGGAAUGCCAUUGUCACCAAAUGAGCAAGUACUGAGAGCCGUCUGUUAUUGUGAUAAAGCAGCCUUUGCACAUCAUCGCCUCCGGCGUGUUGAUCCUUUGAUGCCUAUUCGAUUUUCAACUGGAAAUGAUAUCGAAAAUGGAUUGAGAGAAGAAGUAUCAGAAGGUGGGAUGCAUGAGUAUCCUUAAAAUAAACUUUAUUCAAGGAAAU